AUGAGGCCGAUCAAGCGCGCGAGGACUGAAGAUGGAGAGCACGAGCAUGGGAGCUUCACGGGCAACGGCGCCUCUCAUGGCUCUCCGAAGGUUAUACCCUGGACAGAUAUUUUCAAGUCUCAUUUAUCCAACCUAGACGGGCAUGUGCGCAUGCUGGCGAUGAUGCAGCAAAGUUCUGCGCCAAACACUCAAAACUGGAAUCUGAUAACACCAAUGGUUGAGCGAGCAAAGCAAAUGCUUAUUGACGCGCAGAAAGUCGCAAGAGAGUUUGAUACUUCUGAAGCAAACAACACCGGUCCAUCUAGACCGCCUUUCCACUCUGGCAGAGCUAGUGAAGCAACAUCCGAGGCAGGAAGCUUCCACACAGCUUCUACGGAUCUAAAGGAGACCAAGGUUCUACCAGAGCGAAGAAAGAGGUCACUAGAUUCUGCUUCAGCUGCGCCUGGUACCACAGAGGAGAGAUCGAAUACGGGCAAGAGAAGAAUGUUUCCCAAGGAUCAACAUGUCAAUGGCAAGCAAGGCGGAGUAGGAGGGCCUAGCUCGAUGGAAAACAAGGAGAACAUUUCAGAUGCGCAUAUGCAUCCCGAUACCACUUUCAAUGACGGUGCAAACGACGCCAAAGAGGGACUGUUCGACAGUGGACCCCGCGAUCCGCAAAACUACGCCAAGCCGCACCAGCCAUUUGUAACUACAGAGGAAGAAGAGCAGAGCCGAGAUAUUCCAGCCCAGGAUGCGCGUCCGGAGCCAAAGGUUGAAUACGAGGAUAUCUCCCAAUUGGUCGAAGCGCGAUUGCAAGAAAAAGAGCGCAAACGGAGGAAGAAGGAAAAGAAGCGCAAGCGCGAAUCAAAUGACUCAAUGAUUGCGCCUGUGGCUGAUUCGGUAAAACCUUUGCAGAAGAGAAUCAAGCAGUCCGAUGAGGCUGUUCGCGAACCCGAACCCAGUGGCGGGCUGAAGAGGAGAGGCUCAGACAUGACGCUGGCUAGUAAUGGCAAUGGCGGAAGCGGCGGCGAACCCAGCAAAAGGCGGAGACGCAGAUGA